AUGAUGACGGCAGGCAUGGGGCCGGUCGUGGCGGCCAGAGGGUCGCCGAUGGGGAAUCGGGCGGUGCGGGCCAUCGUGCGGCGCUUCUGCCUGGCGGCCGUUUUAGUAAUUGCCGUUGUGGGGCCCUGCCGCGGCAUGGAGGCUCGCGGGGAGGGGGAGUGGAGCGCGUCGAGCGCGGCCGGCCUGCAUGCGGCCCUGGGCGCGAUGCACACCGCGGAGGAUCGCGCGGGGGUAGUCGUGGCCAACAACAGCAUCUUCAUUGACCGCGUGGCCCUGAUCCCGACGAUCAGGCUUAGGGAGAGCGUGACGGUGGCGGGCCGGCGGCGGGGCACGUGGCUGCAGGUGGAGGCGCGGGACAGGCCGCUGCUGAGGCUGGACCCGGAGGCGGCCCCCGUGCUCACCUUCGUCAAUUUCACGGUUUACCUGGGCGGGGGGGAGGGCACACUGGAGGAGGCGAUUGGAGGGCUCGUGGACGCCCCCGCUCCCACGGAGCUGGUCUUCAGGAACACCACCUUUGCCGUUGACGCCAGGGCCUGGGUGCUGCUGCGGCGCGACAUUUUGGAGCUGGGGGCGGCCCGGGGGGAGGAGGCGGCGGUGAGCGUGGUCGGUUCGGAUUUGAGGAUUGAUGAGAUGGCCCUGGGCUCGGCCACGCUGCUGGACGUGUCGUUCAGGCGGCGGCGGAGCGGCGAGGUGGUGCCGCCGAUCGUGCGGAACGUCAGCGACGCGGCCGACCUGCUUGAGGUGCUCAACCUGGCGGAGGACCCCGCGACGCCGGCGCCGCCCGUGAAAGGCGUCCUGAUCAAGAACGUGUCGGUGGGCGAAGAUGACUUGAGCGAAAGCGGGAGCGCCGACAUCGUGGGGAAGGUGGUGCUGUCGGCGCCCCCGGACACGCGCACCACGCUGCGCGUGGCGCCCAUCGUGGGGCCCGGCACCCUGGCGCAGGUGGCGCCCACCGGCCAGCUCGUCCUGCUGGACCUGAUGGAGAACCUGACCUUCGCCAUCCCGGGCGACAAGGAGUGCGGCGAGAUGGACGCCGCGUGCAUGCUCAACGUGCGGUACCACUCCAGCGUGAACUUCGACGCGGGCGCCUGCGACUGCUCGAUCACGCUCAUCAACACCACCAUCCUGUCCACCUGCGAGCACGUCUCCAACCUGUCCAACACCGUGGCGGUGUUCAACGCGGACCUGGACACCCUCCCGGAAGUGGAACUGGCCCCCUCAAGGGACAACCGGACGGUGCGGUUCGUGAGCUACCUGGGGCGUGGCACGUGCCUCGCGAACGUGACGCUGACGUGCGAUCCGGAGGUUGCGAAGGAGAGCAUCAGGGGCCAGCUCCCCCUGCAGGGGCCGAGCCCUGCGGGCUCGAAGCCUUCCAGGGAGGAGUCGGCGAUCUACAUCCUGCUCGGGGUGGGAGGGGGCGUCAUACUGGUGUGCCUGGUGGGGCUGAUAUGGCCGCCCAGGACGUUCUGCCGGAAUGUGGCCGCCAGGGUGGGAAUGGUGAAGGGGAAGGAGGGAUCCUUUGUGGGGAUUUUGAGUGAAGACGACGAGUAUGAUGUCACCGGAAGGCGCGCGGAGAAGAGCGCGGAGAAGAGGGCUGCGAAGAUGUCCAGCCCGGGGAGCGAGCAAUGGGACAUCGAGCAAUAUUUCCACGAGCAGAUCACUGGCCAGCAGCGGGGCGUGUCAGACAAUGCCGUCACGAUCGAGGAGCAGCUGGCGACGGGCGGCUAUGGUGUGGUGUACAAGGGGCGUUGGAGGGGGAUACCGGUGGCUGUGAAGACGGUGGUGUUUCAGGAUGACCCCAUGACCACAGGAAAGGAGAAGGAGCGUGCCAUAUUGGAGGCGGCGAUCAGCUCCAGCAUUGCCCACAGAAAUGUGGUGCAGACCUACCACCACUCGUUCAAACGGCUGCAACUGGAUGAGAAGACGGAAGAGUAUGGUUGGGACAUCAAGGGGAAUGCAAAGGAGGGGGACUGGAAGCUGUACAUCGUGCAAGAGCUGUGUGAGCACGGUUCCUUGCGCAGCGCCCUCAAAAAGGGCCUGUUUGCAUCUUGCACCACCCACAAGAAACUGCUUGGUGCGGUUGUGCAAGUGGCAAUGGAUGUGGCGAACGGACUUGCUCAUCUGCACCACCACAACGUCAUUCAUGGCGACCUGAACACAAAGAACGUGCUGCUGCAGCAUGAGACUCAUGCGGAGGGCCCACUGCAAGUCGUCUGCAAGCUUGCAGAUUUUGGGCUGAGUGUGAAGAUGGGCUCUUGCGAGUCGCACGUAUCUGAUCACAGAGCUGGGACACCUUUCUACAUGGCGCCAGAGGUGGCCCAGAAAGGCGUUCUGUCCAAGAAGUCAGACGUCUUCUCCUUUGGCGUCGUGAUGUGGGAGAUCUACCACCAGAGCUCACCUGUGCAGUCCUUAGGGGAAGGCAGCCUUAAGUAUCACGAGAAGUUUCCCAAGUACCCAGUCACCUGCCCCAUGCUGUACGCCCUCCUCUGUGUCGUGUGCCUGUCUCCAAGGCCCGCCGACCGACCUGACUUCAACUUCGUCAAGAAGGUGCUCAAGACGCUGUCUGUGAAGCUGCAGUCUGACGACUACACCCAGCCGAAGAACAUCCAGAAGGAGAACUUGGCCGUGGUGUCGCAGCUGAACGGCAAGAAUGGCGCAGAGCUCCUGCAGCUGCUCUCGGAUCAGGUGGAGUUAGAGGCGAAAUUGCACGGCGUCGACCUGUCGCAGCCAUCCGAGUCGCCGCCUCCAACUGAAACCAAGCUGGACAUGCAGAGUCUGCUGACCAGCAAGGAGGUGUCUGCCAGGGCGCUGCUGUCUCCCAAGACUUGCAUCUCUUCCCCCACCCAUCCCCCGACGCCCUCGCCCAGGCCACACACACCCUCGGGGUCUCGCUCUCCAACCCACGGCCCACACUCCUGGGUGAGCAUGGCCCAAGGCAGCGAGGAGGAGCGCCGGUUCAUUGGAAGCGCAGUCUCCGACGCACACGACAGCGGCGCGGACGAGCUUGUGUGGAGCGCGGACAAUGAGCCGAAUGGGGCCAACUCCUACGUCAUGUCGGUGUCCAUCGACGCGCCCGACAGCGAAGGGGCAGGCAUGACGUUCGCAUGGGACCCAGUCGUGAACUGUGAGGCCGUUGGGGACGGUGCGCCUGCGGGUGUCAGCAUCCCCAGCGGCGGGGCCGGUCACCUUCAACAGGACGCACCGGAGAGAGAGGGGACGGGCUUCAGGUUUGCAUGGGACCCAACCUUCAAUGGUGAAGCAUCGUGGGACGACGGCCCAGCGCCCGUGGCCCCCCCUGGCGGCAGCUCUGGGUAUGCUGCACAUGUGGUGGCCUCGUCAGAGUCCAUAUCCCUGGGCAUCUCUCCAAGCCCGCUCACCCCGGCCGGUGACACAGCGGAUGUGCUCCCCAGCUCCCUAUGGUUAGGAGGCAAGGCAGCUGACAUGUUGUCCCCUGCAUUUCCCCAACCUCACCGGCACGUUGCUGUGCCACUGGCGCAGGCUAGUGGUCCCAGCACGCCUCCCACAGCCAGCUCGACGCCCCCGCUGGAAGGCGUGCACCAGCCGUCGUUCGUGGGCCACCGUGCUGUGCCAGGAGGACAGUCGAGGUACAUCCUGAACUGGAGCGCUGCCGCCACACAGCCGCCCGCCCCGCCGCCACCUGUGCAUGGGGACCUGCAGGCGUCCAUUCAGCCGUUGGGCAUGCAGGUUGCGCCGAGCAUUGGCCCAUUGGGUGUGGUUGGCAUUGGGGGGAAUUCUUCAAGGGAGGGCGUGGGAGGUCGUGAACAGUCCGAGAUGGGGAUUAGCGCAGCCAGGAAUGCCCAGGAAGUGGGGGGGGUGGCGAGCGAGGGGGGCGUCCUGUGGACGAUGAGUAGCUUCAGGCAACAGCUGGGGGAAUUGGCCAACAGGCACGGCAGGUUGCGGCCAGGGUUCGAGCCGCAGUCCAGCCCGCCCUCUUCCGAGCAUGGGAGCAGCAUGCCCUUUCACAGUAUUGGACAAGGGGGGAGGAGACCGUGA